UGGGCUCCCCUUUCUUAUUCUUAUUUAUAUAUUUAUCCCUCUCUCUCUCUCCCCCUAUUAGAAGCUGAGAGAGAGAGCUGACUGAAAUUUCGAGAGAUCAUCAAGUUUUGUGAAUUUCUUUUGCAAUUGAUGCUCAAAGGCAUGCAGUCAAAUUGUUCAUAGAUCUGGUGAGGUUGAAGCUCUUCGUCAUUUGAAUCUGUUGAUUAGCUCUGAUAGGAUUCAAUGGAGGUCGACGGAGGAACUGGGAAACACGGGAAGCCAGCCGGAAGCCAGCAGGUCUGCCAAAUCUGCAGCGAUGGCGUGGGCACCACGGCGGAUGGAGAUCUCUUUGUUGCUUGCGAUGUCUGUGGAUUCCCCGUGUGCCGCCCGUGCUAUGAGUAUGAGAGGAAAGAUGGCAACCAAUCUUGCCCUCAGUGCAAGACCAAGUACAAGAGGCAUAAAGGGAGCCCAUUUAUCCAUGGUGAAGAAAGGGAUGAUGGAGAGGUUGAUGAUGCAGCUGAGAGGAUGCUGAGCUGGCAUGCGGACUAUGGUAGAGGAGAGGAUGUUGGGGCAGCAAGAUACGAUAGCGGGGAGAUUCCUCGAACUCACAUUCCUUUGCUCACUCAUAGCCAAGCACUCUCUGGAGAAAUGCCUGGAGCAUCUCCUGAUAUGUCUCCAGGAGGAGGUGUUAAUGGGAAUCGUGUGCAUACGCUCCCUUAUCCAAGCGUCAAUCACUCUCCUAAUCCAUCGAGGGAGUUUUCGGGGGGUUUUGGCAAUGUUGCAUGGAAGGAGAGGGUUGAUGGGUGGAAGAUGAAGCAGGAUAAAAACGUAGUUCCCAUGACUAAUGGUACUAGCCAUCCCCCUUCUGAAGGAAGGGGAGUGGGUGAUAUUGAUGCAACUACAGACUAUAAUAUGGAUGAUGCUUUACUGAACGAUGAAGCACGCCAGCCUCUUUCAAGGAAAGUGUCUAUUCCAUCUUCCCGUAUAAACCCAUACAGAAUGGUUAUUAUUCUGCGUCUUGUUAUUCUUUGCAUCUUCUUGCAUUAUCGUCUCACAAAUCCCGUGCGCAAUGCAUUUCCUUUGUGGUUACUGUCCGUGAUUUGUGAGAUCUGGUUCGCAAUAUCGUGGAUCUUGGAUCAGUUUCCUAAGUGGUUUCCUAUUAAUCGAGAGACUUAUCUUGAUAGACUGGCUAUAAGGUAUGAUAGAGAAGGUGAACCCUCUCAAUUGGCUGCGGUCGACAUUUUUGUCAGUACUGUUGACCCUUUAAAGGAACCUCCUCUAGUUACUGCUAAUACAGUACUAUCAAUUCUCUCGGUGGAUUAUCCUGUUGACAAGGUUUCUUGUUAUGUCUCUGAUGAUGGAGCUGCCAUGCUGACAUUUGAAGCACUGGCAGAAACCUCUGAAUUUGCGAGAAAAUGGGUUCCUUUCAGUAAGAAAUACAGUAUUGAACCCCGAGCUCCUGAAUGGUACUUUGCACAAAAGAUUGAUUAUUUGAAAGAUAAAGUUCAUCCUUCAUUUGUCAAAGAUCGCCGAGCAAUGAAGAGAGAAUAUGAAGAGUUCAAAGUUCGUAUCAACGGCCUUGUUGCAAAAGCACAGAAAAUUCCUGAUGAGGGGUGGAUCAUGCAAGAUGGAACACCUUGGCCUGGAAAUAACACCAGAGAUCAUCCCGGAAUGAUACAGGUUUUCUUAGGGCACAGUGGAGGGCUCGACACCGAGGGGAAUGAGCUUCCACGAUUGGUUUAUGUGUCUCGUGAGAAGCGUCCUGGUUUCCAACAUCACAAGAAAGCUGGUGCCAUGAAUGCUCUUGUACGAGUGUCGGCUGUUCUUACUAAUGGAUCUUAUAUGUUGAAUCUUGAUUGCGAUCAUUACAUAAACAACAGCAAAGCAUUGAGGGAAGCUAUGUGUUUCCUUAUGGAUCCAAACCUUGGCAAAUCAGUUUGUUAUGUACAAUUUCCUCAGAGGUUUGAUGGUAUAGACAGGAAUGAUCGAUACGCCAACCGUAAUACUGUGUUCUUUGAUAUUAAUUUGAGAGGUCUCGAUGGCAUCCAAGGCCCCGUUUAUGUGGGUACAGGAUGUGUUUUCAAUAGAACUGCUUUAUAUGGCUAUGAGCCUCCUAUCAAGAAGCAUAAGGCGGGUGGAUUCUUCUCUUCAUUGUGUGGUGGUUCUAGGAAGAAAAGUUCAAAAUCAAGCAAGAAAGGUUCAGACAAGAAAAGGUCAAGCAAGCAUAUUGACAAUACUGUACCAAUUUUCAAUCUGGAAGACAUAGAAGAGGGAGUUGAAGGAGCUGGAUUUGAUGAUGAGAAGUCACUGCUCAUGUCGCAAGUGAGCUUGGAGAAAAGGUUUGGUCAGUCGACUGCCUUUGUUGCCUCUACACUAAUGGAACAUGGUGGUGUACCUCAAUCAGCAACCCCUGAAUCACUUCUGAAAGAAGCUAUUCAUGUCAUCAGCUGUGGCUACGAAGAUAAGUCGGAAUGGGGUAGAGAGAUUGGAUGGAUUUAUGGUUCAGUUACAGAGGAUAUUCUCACUGGAUUCAAGAUGCAUGCUCGUGGUUGGCGUUCAAUCUACUGCAUGCCUCAUCCUCCUGCCUUCAAAGGAUCUGCUCCAAUUAACUUGUCAGAUCGUUUGAACCAAGUGCUUCGUUGGGCUCUAGGAUCUGUUGAGAUUCUCUUCAGUCGUCAUUGUCCUAUAUGGUAUGGAUAUGGAGGACGACUCAAAUUCUUAGAGAGGUUUGCGUACAUUAACACCACCAUUCCUCUCGUUAUAUACUGUACAUUGCCAGCCAUCUGCCUCCUUACUGGAAAAUUCAUUAUCCCUCAGAUCAGUAAUAUCGCCAGUAUUUGGUUCAUCUCUCUCUUUAUCUCUAUCUUUGCCACUGGUAUACUGGAAAUGAGAUGGAGUGGUGUUGGGAUCGACGAAUGGUGGAGGAAUGAACAGUUUUGGGUCAUAGGAGGUGUAUCUGCUCAUCUUUUUGCUGUCUUCCAAGGGCUUCUUAAAGUUCUUGCCGGUAUUGACACAAACUUUACUGUCACCUCGAAGGCCUCUGAUGAGGACGGUGACUUUGCCGAGCUAUACAUGUUCAAAUGGACGACACUACUAAUACCUCCUACUACCCUCCUUAUAGUCAAUUUAGUGGGUGUCGUCGCUGGCAUUUCAUAUGCUAUUAAUAGCGGUUACCAGUCAUGGGGUCCACUCUUUGGGAAGCUCUUCUUUGCUUUCUGGGUCAUUGUUCAUCUAUACCCUUUUCUUAAAGGUUUGAUGGGAAGGCAGAACAGAACUCCGACUAUUGUGGUUGUUUGGUCUAUUUUGCUGGCCUCGAUCUUCUCCUUGUUGUGGGUUAGGGUUGAUCCUUUCACUACUAGAGUCACUGGCCCUGAUGUCCAGCAAUGUGGAAUCAACUGUUAAAGUGUUAAUAUUAUAGAGGGAAGGAUACCGAUGUUUCGACAAAACUGCAUCAGAUAGACCCUUCGAUUGGGUGCUCUGUUUUGGUUUUUUGAGUUUUUGUUUACUAAACUGAAAUAUUUAUAUGUCCUUGAAUAGGGCUUCUGUAGCCCGAGUGUAAUGAGAAAGAUGGUGUUUUUACAGAACAUUUUGGGUGGUCUCUGUUGAAUCCUGAGUUAUGUGCUGUUUAUUUAAUGUUCUUUGUAUGGAAAGUAUUAUUUAGUGAAUGUAACUGAUUCUUGUUUGAGCUCAUUUUCAUA